CGCUCAGACUCGCCCGCGCGAUUUAUGAUUGAAUGUCCUCUAGCGGUGUGCGCCGCCGCGUCCAUUACGCUGUGUCAGAUGGAGACCGCAGGUCGCCGCAGCACGGAUGAACGUGCUGUUGCACUGCUCCAGCUCCAGUCGUCUCGCCAUGCUCGGCAAGUUGUGGCGAGGAGGGAGGCAGCAUGCCGAACGCUCCACUUGGCCAAGAGAUCCAUCGCCAUGCUCCACUGAGCCGACUUGGCGCGAGGCCCCGACUCGCUCUUCCCUGCUGCUUGGCACCGCCACGCCACUGCCACUGCAUGGGUCCUCGUGCUCGCUCCUCUUUCAUCUCGUGCUCUCGCGACUCUCGCUCUGCUCAACAAUUGGCACACGUCGACUUGGGGUUUUCAGGGGUUUUCAUAUGUCCUAUCGUACAGCAACAGACUACAGAUAGCACACAGCUCGAGACGGCGCAGGAACCUAUCACUAGGCUAGACGCCA